UCCAACCUCGCUGGCGGCCUCCUUUUUCUCGCCUUCCUUUGCCCCUGGCCCUUGGGCGCCGAAACGAACCCUCCCUCUCCCCGUUAACCCGCGUCGCCUUGAACCCUAACCUCCUGGUGGAGGAUCCGCCGAACGGCCGGACCACUUAACCCUCUUUGCGCGGCGCCGUGGAGUAGAGGAGGAUGGAGUCGGAGGUGGUGAGGACGGAGAUGGUGCUGGCGCCGACGCUGCCGUUCAAGAAGAUGCAGACAGCGGACAAGUAUCCCAAAGGCCAGUCCCGGGGCCGCCAGUGGAAGCACCUGCGCCACCUGCUCCAGUCCGCUGACGCAUCCUCCAUGCCACCGGACCGCCCCAAUUAUAUGAAUAUCCAAUCGCCCCCAUCCAUUUACCCACCAAAGAGAUACUGUGACUUAACAGGUUUUGAGGCGCCAUAUGUGGAUCCUAGGACAAAGUUGCGCUAUGCUGAUCCAGAGGUGUUCAAGCAGAUCAGGAUGCUUCCUGAUGAAUACGUCCAAAGGUACCUGGCCUUGAGAAAUGCAGCAGUUAUCCUGCGAUAACAAUACCUGCUUAGGGAUAACAGUCUUGUUGCCUAACCAUGCUGCAGUACUCAGAUGUAUACUCUGAUUGUAUGGAUGAUCCUUUUAAACAGAUCUUUCUUCCUCUUGUAUAUUGAUGGAUUCGUCUAUACGUGAUUAGAGACAUUAUGCUGUAUAUUUUAUGUGCUAACAUUUGCGAAUUGAUGUUUAAAUAUAUUCUUGUAUACUUUAAGCAAAUUGGUUUUUAAUUCAAAUGUGAUAUCUGUGUA